AUGAAUUUUGAGAUUUUCGGAAGCCCUCGGGAUGUUGAGCAUUGUCUGACGAGUGUCAAUAUUGACUCUAACCGCUUGACCACAGGCUUGUCUGCCAGCCUCCGGCCAGUGGAUAUCAACGAUGAAGAUUCUGGUUUGGGAAUGGACAUGACAGAUGACUUUUUUGAAGAUGAAGAAUUAGCAUCAUCAAUUGCUACUCCGGGAUUCGAAAUAAAAAAGGUAAAUCUGAAAUCUACCGUCAGGAAGUCUCUAUUUGGUCAUAAACGUGUGAGGUCUGGCGAGGACGGUACCUUUAGGUCAAAGAGACAGAGGCGUUCCGAAGGGGAUGAUAUUGUAAUAGGAUUCGAUAUGCUCUCUUUUCAGGAUACGGCAACACCUCCAAAGUGUGAUUCCGGUUUUGUAAUUGAUGCUGUAAACAAGUUCGUAGAGCAAGACGACAUAACUGGAAAUGGAAGUCAGCCAUACUGUUUACCCACAAUCCCUGGAAAACACAGUGAUCUCAAAAGCAUCUCACCUAACACAUUAUCGGACGUAUUGAAUGGCCAGUACGAUGACGUCAUCAGAAGUUACAGAAUCAUUGACUGUCGUUACCCUUAUGAAUAUGAAAGUGGACAUAUCAGGGGAGCUGAAAACCUGUACACCAAUGAGAUGAUUGAAAAUCUAUUACGUCAGAAGACCAGACCGAUGUCGGUCUCUUCAAAACGAGACAUCCUCGUUUUCCAUUGCGAGUUUUCUUCUGCUAGAGGACCUAGAAUGUCUCGUCUAUUACGCAAACUUGACCGCAAUUUGAACAUCGAACACUACCCACUUCUGAACUACCCUGAAGUAUAUCUCCUCCAUGAUGGUUACAAAGCCUUUUAUCAUACCUGUCAGGAACUCUGUGAACCUAUGGGAUACAUGCCAAUGCUACACAGCAACCAUACGUCGGACCUUCGUCACUUCCGGUCCAAAUCAAAAUCUUGGUGUGUCGGAGACAGAAAACGCGGGGUACAGAACAGACUCAAUUUUACCGAUUGCUGA